UGUGUUUUUAUGUUUUCCAAAAUGUAGAUUCAUGGUUUCAGGUGGGACUUGUUCUCACGACUACUGUCAAUUGUGCUUAUGCACUAGGAUAUGCUGGCACAAUCAUGGUUCCUCUGGGUUGGAUUGGUGGUGUUACUGGUAUGGUUUUAUCUACAAUCAUAUCAUUAUAUGCCAGUACUCUUAUGGCCAAGAUCCAUCAAUAUGGAGAAAAAAGGCAUAUCAGAUAUAGAGAUCUUGCAGGAUUUAUGUAUGGAUACAGAGCUUAUGCCAUUGUUUGGGGAUUACAGUAUGCAAAUCUUUUCUUGAUAAAUAUUGGAUUCAUCAUUUUGGGUGGACAAGCCUUAAAGGCUUUCUAUCUUCUCUUUAGGGAGGAUCAUGAGAUGAAGCUUCCAUACUUCAUCAUAAUCGCUGGAUUAGCGUGCGUGUUUUUCGCUGUUUCUGUGCCCCAUUUGUCAGCUCUAGGUGUUUGGAUGGCAGUUUCCACAUUCCUCAGUAUAGUGUAUUUCUCAAUAGCCUUUGCUUUGUGUCUUAAAGAUGGUAUUAAUGCUCCUCCUAGGGACUAUAGCAUUCCAGGAUCCUCCUCUAGUAUAACUUUUACAACUAUUGGUGCAGCUGCAAGUCUUGUUUUUGUAUACAACACAGGAAUGAUCCCAGAGAUCCAGGCUACUGUUAGAGCACCGGUUGUUGACAACAUGUUGAAAGCCCUAUAUUUUCAGUUUACUAUAGGAGUUGUGCCAGUGCAUGCUGUUACUUACAUGGGGUAUUGGGCGUAUGGAUCUAAAUCAUCGUCUUAUUUGCUCUACAAUGUCAGCGGCCCUGUUUGGCUGAGGGGAUUAGCCAACAUUGCUGCUUUCAUCCAAUCCAUCAUUACGUUGCACAUAUUUGCAAGUCCAACAUACGAGUAUUUGGAUACUAAAUAUAGAAUAAGUGGAAGUGUACUGGCUUUUCGCAACCUGUCAUUCAGAACAGUAGUUAGAGGUGGUUAUCUAGCGAUCACCAUUUUUCUAUCUGCUCUGUUACCUUUUCUUGGAGAUUUCAUGAGCUUCACCGGCGCUAUCAGUACAAUUCCACUCACAUUUAUUCUUCCAAAUCACAUGUACAUGAGGAAGCAAAUUUCGUCUUUACAAAAAAGCUGGCACUGGUUCAACAUUGUCUUUUUUAGUUGCCUAGCUGUUGCUGCAUUAGUUGCUGCUGUAAGACUUAUUGCCAUGGACUCGAAAACUUACCAUGCGUUCGCAGAUUUAUAACUCAUUUGAUGUUUACCUGGAUGAGAAUGUGUAUCAUGUUACGUUGUUAGUUGUAUUCAAACAUUGUAGCUUCUCUGUUAGAAUAAGAUAUUUAUGACUUUCCCCUCUUUAAACAGGUAAAUAUUUGAUCAUG